AUGAAUCCACAGCAUUUCGAACUCCUGAAAGGUCUCGUCAAUCCAAAUUAUGUUGAGCAGGCAGCGCAGGCCAGGAACUCGCGGUCCAAGCAUUUUACGGCCUUGUUCACGCAACGCCGUCUUCCAGAUGUUGGAUGGAAAGAGGAGGAUAUCCAGUCCUUGCUGGAGGAAAUGGCGUCAUUUGACACCAACAACUUCGAGGGGAAUGUCGGCGUUGGCGAGAGAGAAGGCCGCGUGUACUCUGAUCUUGUUCGUCGAAGACACUUUGGCCUCACUCAUGGUAUUGGUCGAAGUGGAGAUGUCAUGGCAGAGCAGCCAAAAGCGGCAGGCUCUUCCUUGCUGGUUCAGCUCACCAAGUACUUGGCGCUAGAUGCGAUUCGCUUGGCCGGGAUCAAAGCUGCAAAGGCCUGUGCAGUACUGCCUGCAGCCACAGGGCUGACGAUGACCUUGGUGUUCCUCGCACUGCGGCAAAUGAGGCCGCAGGGGAAGUAUGUCAUUUGGUCCAGGAUCGACCAAAAAUCCUGCUUCAAGGCGAUUGGGGCAGCUGGUCUCAAGCCAAUUGUCAUCGAACUGAAGCCCAUUGAAGGCUCCGAUGCGCUGGGUACAGAUGUCCAAGGCAUCCGAAGCGCCAUCGAGCGGGUUGGAGCAGAGGAGGUCUUAUGCAUUUGCUGUACCACUUCGACUUUCGCGCCAAGGGUGCCCGACUUUGUUGACGAGGUGGCUGUUCUGGCGAGUGAAUUGGCAGUGCCACAUGUAAUCAACAACGCGUACGGGCUGCAGUGCUCUAAGUGCACCCACUUGAUAGAGACUGGCUGCCGCCGCGGCCGCGUGGAUGCUUUUGUCCAAAGCACCGACAAAAACUUCCUUGUGCCGGUGGGUGGCGCCAUUGUAGCAGGUCCAACGGCUGCACUUGUGGACAAGGUAUCAGGGCUUUACCCUGGAAGGGCCUCCAUGAGCCCAUUGCUGGACUUGUUCAUCACUUUGCUGUCUUUAGGUUCCUCUGGGUGGACAGGGCUGUUGCAAGAAAGAAAGGAGAAUGCCAAGUGGUUUGAGGAGCGUUUGUCAACGGCUUCAACCAAGUUGGGCCUUCGGGUGCUGAAGGUGCCAGCCAACCGCAUCUCAUUCUGCAUCGACAUUUCGGCGCUGGGCAGGGAGUACCGGGCGGCACAAGAGCAACUUGUCGAAGCUCUGAUGGUGCUACCAUUCGCGGAGGAAUGUCUGGAACCUCACGCCAAGCCCAAAUGGCCGCUGUCCGUAUUCGAUGUCCACUCCAAUUACAUCCGCUUCUAUCGUGCCAUGUCGUACUACCACGAGACAGCAGAACUACUUGAAGAUUUGCUUUGGCAGCCCACCAGGACCUGUGUAGAUGACAUGGGCUGUGAAGGACUUCCAGACCAUUUUUGCAGCAGACUUCAUCGCUGCGUUCCCAGACAUGGCUGCCCAAGAAAUGCGGAGGAAUGCCCAUUGGGUGAGCGUUGCACGGCUCUCUCUUCAUACGGAGACGGCUGCAGUUUGCAGCUGUCGCCCCUUUGUGUGCAGCAUGGAGAGCUGCAGGCAUUUCAUCCGCACAGCGCUUGCCUUUCUGCGGCCGAGUUCCCACACAUGAUCAAGGCUUGCUCAGAAAUGGGCACAACCCUGUACCCGCUGAAGUGGUCAUCAUCACCUUAUGCGAGCUAUAGGGACCGCAUUCAAGGAGGGUCGGCCUUAGCGCAGCCCAAAGACGCCUUCAUCCUGCCUGUGACUCUCAGAUUGAGGAGCCCCUGGCAUAUGCUGCACUCCCUGGUUCCGGCCUAUGCUCAAUCGCACAUGGAUGAGCGCUACGGCUUGGCCAAGCUCGCAGGUGACUUUGACCUCCUUAUUGUUGACCAAGACCUGGACAAGGACACUCACAUCUGGCAGCAAGUAUUUCGCAAUGCUUCAGGAGAUUCCAUGGGCGGCCUGGACUUCUUGCUCAGGCUUAUCAGCCACAGGCCCUACAAGCUGUUGGCUCAAGCCGAAGGCUGCUACGAGCGAGCCGUGUGGGGCCACGAGCUAAUGCUCUACUCGGGGGGCGGCUGGACCAGCGAGUUGCAUAUGGCUGGUUUCGUCAGAGCCGCGUGGCGGUUGGAUGGCCGCGCGCGCCGGGACUCGAAGGACGCUCCGCGACUGCUCCUGGUCGAGAGGCGCAAUGGCACUUCUUGGGGCCGAUGGAUUGACAACUUCCCUGAUGUGCAAUCCACAGCGCAGAGCUGGGCUGAUGAGCACGAGGACUUGCUCGGCGGCGUGGAAGCUGCAGAUUUGGCCGAUUUCUCCUGGCCAGAGCAACUGCGAAUGGCUGCCAGGAUGAGGCUUUUAUUCGGUGCUCACGGAGAUGGUCUGAGCUGGUCUGUCUUCAUGGGCCCGGGCUCCGCAGUGCUGGAGGCCGUGCCAGCCAGGGGUGCAGGAUUUCAGGCGCGCGGAAGGUGCGAAUGCAAACCCCUUUGGCAUCUUCGGGGGGGUCGCGCGGUUGGCCGAAGUGGCGCAUCUCUGCUUCCUCAAUGA